UUUAGUAUGUAUUUAGAUAUUUAGAUAUUCAUUUUGUGUUUCGUGUUUCUAAUCUGAGGGAGAAAGCGGUGCAUGCAUCGAUUGAUCGAUAUGAUUUCGGAUCAAUGUCAUCAAUGUCAAUUGACGGGAGCGGAUUUGUCUCGCGAAACGAUGUCGUUCGCGAGCAUUCGUCCAGAGAGACGUAAACUGCGCAGAAUUUCUCCCUCGCGCGCGUACUUACAUCGCGGCCCGCUAAUUUACAUACUGUCGGGGAAAAUCAAUACAAUCACCGAGGUAUGUAGAUAUUACACCGAGAAUUUGCCGGUUAGCUCCACAUACGCGGCCGCUGGUCGGUCGGUCGGUCGCUCGCUCGGGUGAUACCGUCCGGGAGUGUAGGAUAUUCAAUUAUGCGAGACGUUGCACGCGUGCGUCGUGCACGGUACGAUAUGCGGCCGAACUGCGGAGUUUCGAGCGAGACGGCGACACAUCGGGCGGGAAGAGGAGAGCGCGAGGGAGAGAAGGACAGAUGCGGGCGCGGAAGAGAGACGGCCUUUAAAAAAAAAAUCAAUAAUCUCAUUACGAAAUUGCAUCGGACAUACCGUGUGCAUUUUGCAUAUAAACACAGUAGAACUAACGCGUGUCACUCGCCGCACAACAGGAUCGUACGAAAUUAACCUGGCGCCUUUCCCUCGCGAUUAGAUAGUUUUAUUUUUCGCUCGUAACAGCGAUGUUGAUAUCGGUUUCUUCUUAGAAUGAUGCUUCGUUAAUUCUGAUAAAUAAAACAGGGUCAGCGCAAUAGCCCGCGGUGAAAACGUGAGGAGGCGGUGAGGGCCCCUUAGCAUCAUCCAAGCCGAGAAACCGAGGGGUCGCAACAGAAUGUAAACGCCCGCCGUUGACCGUGACGUCGCCCAUCGACAGGAGGAGGAGGAGGGGGUGGAGGAAAAGGAGGAAGCACUGGCCGUGACUUCGUCCUCGUCGUCGUCGUCGUCGCCGUCCCCGUCCGCGCCGCUCGCGCCGCCGACGGAGACGCGAUGGACGAGCCCGAGUCGCCCGAGACAUGGUCCGCGUGGUUUUUGGACGCGAUCCGGAAGAUCCGCAGCCAGAAACAACGGCCGAGCGUCGAGCGGAUAUGCCACGCGAUACGUCAGCAUCACAAUUUCCACGAGGAGGAGAUUGCCGAGCACCUGGAGGUGGCAGUAAAGCGCGGCGAUGUGCUCAAGAUCUUCAACAAGGGUCAGUCCUCGUACAAGGACCCGAUCAUACUGCAAUCCAAGAAACUCAGGGUCACCAAAACGACGGACAUCAGCAAGGUCUUGGGCAAGGCUGUGCGCGAACUUGGCGAACGCGAAGGCUCGAGCCUGAAGAGCAUCGAGAAGUAUAUCAGGCAGAGUCACACGGUCGAGGAAGACGCCGAGGGUGAUCUUAGGAUCGCCCUCAAACUCUCCGCCAAGCGAGCGGUCGACCGAGGACUAGUGAUCCAGGAUGGCAAGCUUUUCCGACAAACGGACAUGCCGCCGUACUUCAAGAAGGUCAGCGAUGCCGCUCAUACGCCACCCGUAGAAGCGCCCGCGCCCAAGUUGCCAGCUCCAUUGCCGAUAUGCAGGGAAUGUCUCGGCGCCACGAUGGCCGGAAACAACAACAACAGCAAACGUAACGCCAACGAGAAGCUAAGCAGGUGCAGCGUCUGUGGCGCAGCUCUGCACAACUCCUGCGCGCCACCGGAGCUCUCGCUGCUCGUCGAUCGAGGAGUAACCUGGUCCUGCGACGACUGUUCGCCGACCUGUGCCGGCUGCCAGCUGGAACGAGAGUCACAGAAUUAUCUCGUCAAGUGCGCCGGCUGCGUAAAGUGUUACCAUCCCGCCUGUCUCGAUCCCGCCCUCGACAAGAAGAACAAGGCGCCGUGGAAGUGUCGACAUUGUCAAACAGCACACACGCCCGUCAGCAAGGAAGAUGGCAAACGGGGCAAGGCGCAGGAUGCGAAUACCGACGAUACGCCGACAAACGCGAGGAAGAGGCUCAGCAAGUUACGCGAGAAUCGAAAAUCGAUGGUAUCCAGAAAAUCCUUCGCGAAUGCGCAAUCCGGCAAGAAGGGCAACACGGGAGUGGCUCAGGUGGACAGCAGCUCGGACGGUAAUGCGGGUGUUGUCUCCCCUCGUCAACCACCUUUGAUUUCCUCUCCUUUACCACAACCCCCCACCCCACUCGCAGGCCAGGGUAGGCUACUCGAGGAAAAGAACGACAGGAUCUCCAAAGAGAAGCAAAAGUUUUUUAGAUUGAGUGCAUUUAACGCUGAGCACAGUAAAUUGAAGCGUGGGGGCGGUGAUAAAUCUAGGCCCUCGCGGAACGUUAAUAUUAGGUCGACCCGGGGCGGUGCUGCGAAUCCGAAAAAGAUCGGAACAUCGCGAGUAUCUAGCAGCAGCAGUAGCAGCAGCAGCAGCGAGGCUGGUAAUAGCAGCGAGAGUUCAGAGGGCAGUGAUAGUAGCGAAGAUGACGAUGAGGAUGACGAGGACGAUGAGGAGGGCAAUAGCUCGAGUGAGAGCAGCGAUUCCUCCUCGUCGGACGAAGUCCCGGAUGGGAGAAUCGAAUCUCCCAAGGCGAAGGCACCAUUCGCUUGUGACCUCAAUGAGGACAAGCCGUGGGGCUUCGCCGCCGCCGCCGCCAAGCUGAACGUAGAAUCGUCUUUCUUCAGCAAUAUCACAAACACUUUCGGCGCGCCUUUACCUAAACUUAACGUGGGCGAUACACCAACCUUCGGUUUGCACAUACAGCAGCCAGCUAUCGCUAAUCCGUCAGAUGGUAAAAAGAAAGAGAAAUCUGAACGCAAUGCCACACAGAUGACGGUCGGUCACGCGAGCGCGGAUAACAAAGUCAAACCGGGAAGCGGCCAAUUGAGAAGUCUCUUCGACGGUUUGAGUCACUUUUUUUCAGCACCCGCGAACAGCAGGGCGAGAUCGGCCGGUGCACCAGCGCCGAAUUAUGCACCAGACCGGAGGAAAAGGCCUAAUACAGAGGAUACUACUAAAACGAACAAAAUUCUAAGAAGCACACAGAGAAACAAAUCAGAUGAAUCACCUAAUACGAGUAAACUCAAGGAUCGAAAAAAGACUGAAGCUAUCACCGAGGUAUCGAGAGUACCGAAACCCGGUAUCUUUGUACCUUCUGACGAGAGUGUAUUAAGCUCGAUUAACGAGAAAUUACCGAGAAUGACACCUUCGAAUCUGGUGAAAACCGCGGUAAACAGUAAAAGACACGAGCACGAGAGGAGAAAAUUGAUGCGAGACGAUGCGCCAUCGCUCGUAAAAUGCGCCGCCGAGCCAUUGUCACCGUCGUCGUCGAAACACGAGCAGCAGCAGCAGCAGCAGCAACAAUCACGAAAGAAGCAAACAGCUUCGGACACGAGUACGCAGAUACGCCACCCUGUAUCCGCCGUUGCGAAAUCCUCAGGCCUCGGUUCCGAUCCCGUCAAGACAAGUCCUAAUCCAAAAUCCAAUCCACGAGCCUGUACUAGCGCCACCACCACCAACACCACCACGACACCCCGCGCGACACCCUGCUCCAUCAGGAAGGAAGAACCAAUUGUGCCACAGACGUUGCCACCAGGAGUCACGCAAAAGGACGUGGAUCUUAUCAAGGAGGCACGUGAGAGAGCUCGCUUGACCGUCAACAGUGCUGAUAACGAACAACCAUUGUGCGUUAGCACACCGAAUGCGUCUGGCAAUGCACCACGAAAUCCUGCCGCGAUAGUAUUCGGUCGGUACGAGGUGGACACGUGGUAUUCCAGUCCGUUUCCUCAAGAAUACGCACGAUUACCGAAGUUAUUCUUCUGCGAAUUUUGUCUUAAAUACACGAAAAGCCGGGCCGUGCUGGAUAGGCAUAUGGACAAGUGUCAGUGGAGGCAUCCACCCGCCACCGAAAUCUACAGGUGCGAUGGAUUGUCUGUAUUUGAGAUCGAUGGUAAUGUAAACAAGAUAUACUGUCAAAAUUUAUGUCUACUGGCGAAGUUAUUUUUGGAUCACAAGACUCUCUAUUAUGACGUAGAACCAUUUCUCUUUUACGCCAUGACUAAGAACGACAAAUACGGCUGUCACUUGGUCGGUUACUUCAGCAAAGAGAAACACUGUCCGGCUCAGAGAUACAACGUGUCUUGCAUUAUGACUCUACCGCAGUAUCAACGACAGGGUUUUGGCAGGUUUCUCAUAGAAUUCAGUUACCUGCUGUCCAAGGUCGAGGGUAUCCCGGGUACACCGGAGAAACCGCUUUCGGAUCUUGGUCGAGUGUCGUAUCAUUCCUUUUGGAAAAGCGUGGUGCUCGAGUACCUGGAUGCGCAUCGGAAUAAAACUGAGAUCAAAUUAGGCGAUAUCACAAAGGACACUGGCGUGUCGGCGCAUGAUAUCGCCACGGCGAUGCAAUUGCUCGGAUUCAUAAGGUCGGUUCAUUUGCCAGGAGAUGCGAACACUGUUAAAGUGGCUGUGGUAGUCGAUUGGAGUAAGGUAGAUGCUCAUAUGACGAAAGUACGAAGGAGUUCUCGCAUCAAACUGGAUCCGGACUGUCUCAGAUGGAUACCGUUGCUUACACAAAUCCCUAAUCCGUAUCAGAAUUCGGAAGAGAGCGGUGACACAGGCUCGGAAAUGUCUCCCAUAGUGGAACCUAAGCCCAUGCCAGCGGUCGUCGAGAAGAUACAAAAAGUGAAAAUAAAGAAGAAGCCUCGAGGUAGGAGGACAAGCCAAAGGAAAUCGACGCCUUUGAAACCGAAGGCUUUGCAGAAGACUGCGGCGUCUCACAAGGACGUGUCCAAAGAAGAAAAAGAUGUUAAAGAUACGAAGGAGGUCAAGUCGGCGAAAGAAUUAAGGGAACCUAAGGAAUCGGUAAGAGAAACCCGUAAUGUUGAAAGCGCGGAGAAUCGAAAAGAUACUCGUGCAGAAACGGAAUCCAAGAGUGCGACAUCUACGCCGAGAAACGCGCGCUCUCUUGGCUCGUCGAGAAAUGCAACUCCGGCGACUCCGCCGAAAUCGGUACAAAUAACAACGAUGUCGAGAAGAAGAAUUAGACCACCUAAAACGCUAUCCGAAUCAAUCAUCACGCCUUUGAGAAAACGAAAACAUUCCGAAAAGAUUGAAGUCGAGGAAGAGAAAUUGGAAGUCGGAAGUAGUAGGAAGAGGACACGAGAAUCUCUGAGGGAAAAGGAAAAGGAGAAAGAGCGAGAAGCCGAACGGGAGCGAGAAAAAGAAAAGGAAAAAGUGAAAGAAAGAGACAGUAAAACGAAAGAGAAAGACUCUUCGAAAGAAAUCUCGAUUGAUACUAGAAAGACACCUCCUAAAUUAGACUCUACGUCGAGUCCGCCUAAACCGGCAAAGAAACAGUGCAAAGUGGAUGAUAUUUUGUUAAAGGUUACUAGCAGACAAACCAAGUACAUGCAGGCAAAGGAGAAAAAGGAAGAGACAGCACAUUAUAAUGGUAAAGAAGAGGUACGAGACGUUAAGAAUUCAUCGCUGUCCAGGCGAGGUAGAGGUAAAACUACAGUGGAGACGGUGAAAAUGCCGCAACUCACGCCAGAAUCCCCCAGCACGAAGAACAGAGCCGAGAGUCCUGUGAUACCGCCUCCGUCGUUAUCUCCACCGCCCGAGUCCGUGAAGAGUUCACCUGUUCAGAAUAAACAACCAUCCGUACCGGAAUCACAGUCCACGAAGCACUCCAGUAAUGGCGACAACAAGAACGAGAGUGCGGAGGACAACAGACUACCUGUUCCUACGGAAACGGAAGUGGUAUCUGCGAGUUCUGGCGAGUACGAAGGCGGUGAUGAGGAUGAAGGGGAAGAGGAAGAAAUAGGCGCGUCAACGCCUAAACUCGUGACGCAAUUGGCUUCGCCUAACACGGAAAGCCUCGUGAAAGAAUCGUGCGAGAACGAGAAUACGGAUAACAAGAUUCAGGAAAAAGACAAUGAUGAGAAUUUGUUGCAGAAGGCGGAAACAGAUCCAUCACCAGCGGUCGGCGACGAUCAGACUGAAACUUUAAACGAAUGUGAUAAGAACUCCGAGAUUGACAAGCGUCCAGUUUGCAGUCCGGAGGCAUCGAAAUCAGUACCUGAACCAGUUGCUUCAUCAAAAGAGGAGGAAAUUGAGAAAUCAGAGAGCAGCGUUGCACCGAAAGAUGGCCGUGAUAGCCCUCUCAAAGAUGAGAUCGUCUGUGAAACUCCGAAGGAUGUCAAGAUUGACUUGUCACGACCAAAAACGGAACCUUCACCUGCAGAGAAGGAUACGUGCGCUCUCACCAACACAGUAGUUACGUCAGAAACCGAGUCGUAUGAAAAAACGCCACAGGAGAAAGCGUUGCCCGCCAUAGAGCAUCAGGACACAACUUUGCAAUUACAGAAUCAAACGGAAGAACUGAAGCAACAUUCGCCUGAGAGUGGCAAGACCACGCCGCAUUUGGAUAAUCCGGGUUCGGUGAAAAGAACGCCGCCGUCGCAACCGGAUCUGCCGUCCAUGGGAGUUUAUACUCCUGACUCGACGACUAACUCCGUGCACUCGUUGCAUUACGGUCAGUGCGACAGUUUGGAUGUGAGUCAGUUGGGCCUGGAGUCACCUACUUCCAUAGCCAGCGAUCUGGCAUCGCAAAACAGUGUGGAGAGGCCGCCUAGCGCUUUACCAUCUAUCCCCCCGCCGGUAAGCGUGCCGAUCUCAGUUUCCAUGCAGAUUGCGACGCCAGUUACCUCGUCGGUGCCAGUUAAUAUGCCACAAGUGGCGUAUGCUGACUGCUCAAUGCCACAGCAUACCCCAUCAGCUCAUCAUCCGGGUAUGCAUCCGAUGCAUCAGCCGCAUACCCCGCAAUCUCUCCAGCAACCGCGUACUCCGCAGUCACAUACUCCGCAAAGUAUUCCGACUCAAAGUCCACAGCCGCUUCCGCAGAGCCACACGCCACAGCCGUUGCCGCAGUCGCAUACGCCACAGAGUAUACCUACGCAGAGCCCGCAACCGUUGCCGCAGAGUCACACGCCACAGCCAAUGCCCCAAUCGCAUACGCCACAGCCAAUGCAACUAUCGCUGGCACAGCAGGCGCAGAAUCAGAGUAUGGCGCACAGUCAACCUCAGCAAACGCAAUCGCAGCAGCAGCAGCAGCAGCAGCAACAACAACAAUCAGCACAUCAACAACAGCCGCAGCCUCAACAACCAUCGCAACAGCAACAGCAGCAGCAACAGCAGCAAACACAAUCUCAAUCACACAGCAAGCGUGCCAGUGGCUCGCAAACUACACAUAGAUCUAGGUCGACGCAACAGAGUAGUAGAUCGCAUCGGGCCACGCCGCCGACGUCCCACACCAGUCAGACUUCUCAGCACAGCGCCGCGACGUCACAGACCAGUCACAGCAGCAGCACCGUGGCGCACACGGCACACGUCGCGGUGCCGCCGCAGUAUCAGCAGUCACCGUCAUCGAUGAGCGUGCCACCGGCAGUGCCGCAUCCACACUCGCAUACUCCGCAUGCCGCUCAUUCGCACAACAUGGCGGUGAUCUCACAGGGCAAUUACAUGGCAGUAGCGGGCUCGCAGGGUUUCCCCACGCAAAACACCUACGUGAUCCAGCAUCGAAGCAGUCGUUCCGGUGCCCCGACGCCCUGCACCACUGCCACGAAUUUCUAUAUACAAACCAGCGCGAUGCCGCAUUCCCAUACCCCAGCGCCAACGCCACUCUCCGCUUCCGGUGGUAGUCAUCAGACUACGAAUUCAUGUAGUCUGGCAAAACUGCAGCAGCUGACCAACGGUUUGGAGAUGAUACCUCCUACGCCACCUCCGGCAAUGAACCUGACACCGCCGCCACCUAUUCCACAUACCAUGACGCCGCCGCAGACCUCGCGACAAUUGUCGACGCCACCCCAGGUUGGCCUGGGCUAUCCAAAAAAUUAUUACAACGUCAACACCAUGCCUCCCGGUACGCCCGGGCCGCCCGGCCGAUCCACUUCACGUUCGUCCGCGAACAAUAUGCCAUCGCUCACGCAGCCGUAUCCCAGUGAGAGUCUCUAUCGGCAGACUUUGGACCCGGGUAGCACCUGCCCGCAGAUGCAGAGCGCCGCGAGCCGCGUCAGCCCAAAUGUUGCCCUCAACACGAAUCUCAUGGCGGCCCAGUACGGCUAUCGGGUAGCACAGCCGGCGACCGGUUACAUGAAUCAGGCGGCGCAGCUUGGGGGCUUCAUGAACCAAGCGAGUCAACUGCCGGUUGGCGUGGUGAACGUACCGGCGCCGUAUCCGCAGGAUCCGCACCAACAGAACCCAGCGGCUGUCUACACCACGUACCACGGCUACAUCAACGGUAGCCUCAUGCAGCCCCUGAACAGCACCAUGAGGCCGCGCUAGCCCUCGUCGCCUAUCUCGAGCGGAUCGAUCUCUCUCGACGUUCGGAUGGACGAACGAACAUUCUCGCGCGACAAGUUAACGCUCUCUUCGAUACGACCAUCGUCGGCAACUCACCUUUGAUCUCCUGCCGCAUGACCGGCGCCGCGGGCACUUGUACUUUCCCGAUCAAUCGCUGCCUCCACCGACUCUGUCCGCCGCGAAUCUAUUUCUCUUUGAGUAUUAUAUUGAUCCACUUGCGACGGUAACUCUCCA